CAAAACUACCCCACCUCCCCCUCUUUCCUUUCUUUCUUUCCUUUUUCUUUUCUACUCCCUCUUUCUCAUAAUAUUUCUUUUCCAAGAAACAAAAAGAGACCUAAGCCGCCCUCUUUAAUUCAGUCUGUUCUGCCCUCUCCUCUAUGGAUGAUCAAGAACCCGCCAAUAUUAGAGAAAUCAAACCAAAAAGCAGAAGAAUCAUGGGAGGAGGAGGUCCAGAUGAUACUGAUCAACAAAAGGAGGAGGAGGAGGAGGAGGAGGAGGAGGAGGAGGAAGAGAAAGAGGAGGAAGAAUUGGCUGAUCAUAUAAAGUGGCCGCCAUGGCUGCGACCUCUCCUGAAAACAAGCUUCUUUAUUCAAUGCAAGCUCCAUGCGGAUUCCCACAAGAGCGAAUGCAAUAUGUACUGCUUGGACUGCAUCAACGGAGCCCUUUGCUCUCUCUGCCUCGCUUCUCACAGAGACCACCGGGUUAUUCAGAUAAGAAGAUCAUCUUACCAUGAUGUGAUAAGGGUAUCGGAGAUUCAGAAAUAUGUGGACAUAAGUGGGGUCCAGACGUACAUUAUAAACAGUGCAAGAAUUGUAUUCUUGAAUGAGCGACCACAACCUAGGCCUGGUAAGGGUGUCACCAAUACCUGUCAGGUCUGUCACCGUAGCCUCCUCGAUUCUUUCACUUUCUGCUCUCUUGGUUGCAAGAUUUCUGGGACGUCAAACUACUUUCGGAAAAAGAAAAUAAUGAGAGGAAUAAUGGAUGGUUCGGACGGUGAAGAGUCGACAAGCAGUGUGAGCAAUAAUAAUAGAAAUUUUAAGAACAAAAUUCAGAGGGCUAGCUUCACGCCAUCGACGCCGCCUCCUACAGCAGUCAAUUACAGAAUGGCCAAGAGGAGAAAGGGAAUACCUCGUAGAGCUCCCAUGGGUGGACUUAUCAUAGAAUUCUAGGAUAUACGUAUAGAUAGUAUAACAUCCUAUAUUUUACCUGAAAAGCCCCCAAAAUAAUAAUAAAAAUAAAGAAAGAAAGAAAGAAAGAAAAAGAAAACGAAAAAAAAUCCCAAAAAGGUUAAAAAUAUGUCCUACAUUAGGCCUGUAUAUGUUGCCAUUGUCUUCUCUAUUUACAAAAUUCCCAAAAAAAAAAAAUAAUUAAAAAAAAAAAUGAAGAAAGAAGAAGAGGGUUUGCGACAUCUGAGCUGCUGCGUUCAUAGAGGCCGGUGUUGGAACCCAAAUUAAUGUUGGAUAAUUUAUAGGAAAGAAAGGUGUUGUGUUUGAAAAUAAUUAGUGGAGAAUCCCAAAGGAAAUAUAAUGAUCAUUAGUUAAGAAUGCUGCUUUGUAUAUAUAGGUAUUCCGAUGCUAAAUGUAAAUAUUGGUUUGUAGCUACGCACAUAUAUAUAUAUAUAUAUAUAUAUAUAUAUAUAUAUAUAUUAUAAGGUAGCUAGAUCUGUAGUUUGCAUUGUGGAUAAUUGUUGAAAAAUAUUAUAAAAAUUAUAGUGUUUACUA